AUGACGAAGCAAGACACACAAGAACAAUUAAAUAUAGCCGCACCUGAUUUACCACGAUGGUAUCCAAAGUGGCGAGGGAAACCUUGGUACGAUGGUAAUCAAGAGGCACUCGCAUGGAUGUUUGACGGAAUUGCUAGAAAUGUAUCCUUUCUAGGAGCUGGUGCAUUUUUCGCCACGGCCUUGCUGCGACUGGCCAAAGAAAGCUUGGGGUGCGCCACGGAGCCCCUUGAAGGGAGCAUUGUCAUACCAGAAUGUGAAGGGCGAGUACUGGGUAUCAAACCAUCAUCACUUCUUACCACUUAUACCAUGAUUAUUGGUGUAGCCUCUGCCCUAUUUUUGCCGCUCAUGGGAGCCAUGGUUGACUAUACAAGACAUCGAUUAUUGUUCGGACAAAUCACCUCAGCAAUCAUCUGCCUUUGCAUCUUUCCACAAAUAUUCAUGAACGAAGACAAUUUUAUUGUCAUGGCGAUAUUACAAGUAAUAUCCUCCUUUGUCGGUUGGGCGCAAACUGCGUUGAGCCAUGCUUACCUCCCCGAGCUGACGGAUGAUGAAUUGAUUUUGAACGAGUACAACAAACGAUACACUGUUGUCUUCUUUUCCUUUGGUGUGGCGUUUUUGAUUGUCACCAUUGCCAUUACGACCGUUAUUGGAUAUGCAGACAAUGAUUUGGUUACGUCUCAGGUCGCCAUGUCUAUGGCCUUCGUAGUGAAUGCCACUUUGUUGCCAUUGGCCUGGGGUCGGCUCUUCAAGCGACGAGAACCAAUGCACCCUCUACCGGAAGAUGCCUUCUUGUGGUCGGCUGGCUUUGUACAAUUGUAUCGAACGGGUAAGAAAAUUGCCGGCAACUAUCGAGGCUUGAAGUGGUUCUAUCUAGCGAUUGCAAUGUCCGAUUCCGGAAUCAAUGCACUUGCGACCAUUGCGAUUACCUACAAUACGGAUGUGUUGCAAUUCUCGGCAUUGGAGAAUGGCAUUUCGCUAAUUGUUAUUCUCAUUGGAUGUACUCCUGGUGCCUUUCUGUCGAAGUAUACUACAGAGAAAUUUGACCCGAUUAAAAGUUCCAUCUUUGCACUCUUGCUACUGAUUGUGGCUACUGCACUGUUCGCCAUCUUGAUUGUGCGCCCCAAACAAUUCGCACAAACUUAUGCGAUUGCCUUUUUCUGGGGAAUGGGCAUGGGAUGGAAAUGGACCAUUGAUAGGACACUGGCAGCUCUUAUCAUCCCGGAAGGACAGGAUGCCGAACUGAUGGGAUUCUUCUUGUUCAGUGGUCAGUGCCUGUCUUGGGUUCCACCAUUGGUAUACACUGCCAUUAAUGAAGCAGGUGUUUCGCAACGAGUUGGGCUGGCAUCAUUGGAUGCUUACUUCAUUCUUUCACUUAUUUGUUAUCUUCUCAUGGGAGGAUACAAACAAGCUCGUAUAGAAGUGGGACGGGACAAGAAUCUUGAAAAGGAACUGAAGGAAAUGCCAGGUGCUGAGACGCCUCAUCCUGACUGCGAUGCAAUUCCCAACCCAAACGAUGGAGAGUGA